AUGUUCUUUUCUCUCUGUGGUGCGGUCGCUGUUCAACGCCAGGCUUGUAGUGGCCCUGCGGUUCAUGAAGUGUCGGAGCAGCUUUGCAGUGACAUCCAUGCGGUUCUCCCCCCCGGCGCUGACCAUCACCAGGUGGCGGCUCCCUUUCAACGUCUUGCGCAGGUGGUCAUUGGGGCGCCAGUCUGUGCUGGACCUUCGACGGUGGUGCGUGAGAUUUUCUGGCUUUCAGAGGAUCCGAUCGAUGACGUUGACGAGUCUAUUCGGAGCAUAUGUGCACAAAAUGGCUGGUCGUUAUCAUUGUUCAUUGGACGAUCUGGCGUUGUCCUCGAGGGCGGGUUUCUCGGACGCACGGGGGAGAUGGUUGCUAUGGUCGACACACACUACCGUAUCUAG